AUGAGACAAGUGGGAAGGGUGAGGGAGCGGGAACCACAGCUGCCCUCCGGUGUUAGCUGGAAAUGCUACAAAAUCCCGUUUCUACCCACAAAAGCACCGGUUGUGUCCCUGCACAGGACAGCACUGUGCAGAGGCGAGGUCUCCAACCUCGGCACUGCCCCGCUCCAGCCGGGAACGGCUCGGGGAGGCGGCGCGGCCAAGUCCCCGGCGCCUCGCACGGGCACGGGCCGAGGAGCUCGGCGGAGCCCGGAGCCGCCGCUCGGUGCCGCGCUCGGUGCGGGGCCGCUCCCCGCCCCACCUGCGCCGGGCGGGGGAGCCGGGCAGGGCCGGGCAGGGCCGGGGCUCCCCCCGACACCCGCGGCGGGGGCGGCGCGGCGCGGGGCGGGGCGGGGGGGCGGCGCGGCCCCGCCGCGCGUGGGAGCGGAGCGGCGCGGGGCGGGCGGCGGCGGCGGCGCUUUGUCCUGCCCACACACACAGACACAGGCAGCGCAGCCGGGCGGGAGCCGGCAACAUGGCCGGGCCGGCGGAGGGGCUGCCCGGCGCCGCGCUGCCCGGCUAGCGCCCAGGGGCCCGGCGCUGCCGCUGGGGCGGCGCCGCCGCCGGAGCCCCCCCCGUCCCGCCGCCGCCACCGCCCGCUCCCGGCCCCGCUCCCGGCCCCGCUCCCGGCCCCGCUCCCGGCCCCGGCCGCCGCCGCGCCCCGCCGGGAAGAUGAGAGUGCUGAAUGUGUCUGUAAUGAUGUGAUAUCAGAAGCCUUACUGGAGGCAAGACUUGUUCAUGCAGAGUAGGCCAGAACCUGGCCAAGGUGACAGUGGUGUCACUGUCCUCUGGCCAGAAGCACAGCUCCAGUGGCACCACCCACUGUCAAGUCUCUGCUGCCAGCAAGGCCAUUUGGGAUAGUGUGUAAAAGUGCU